ACUUUCCCACUGAAAAUUAGCAGACAAAAAAUUAACUACACAUUUUAUUAAUACAAAAAAUAAGACUCUUGUGUUCUGUUUUUGAACCUGUCUGUCCCACCCCAACUGCCUCUCUCUCUCUCUCUCUCUCUCUCUCUGAGAAGGGGUCUGUUACUUUUUCCUUUCUUGAGGUUCCUUGAAGUGUGUGUGGAUUGUGGAAUACACAAAGUGCUUAUUUUUAUUGCUUUGCAUCAAUUUUAUACUUGAUCUAGUUACCAACUCCAGUGGAUAGAGUUUUAACCUUUUACUUUCUAAUCUCUUCUACCCCUGCCAUGGAAGACUCUCUGUUCUGUUUCUCACAAUUCAUGAGCUCAACCUGUUCUCAAGACGCACUUCUUCUGGCACUUGCCCUUUUCACCAAAGACUCUUCUGGCUUCUUCCAUAACCUUCCUUCUCAUUGCUUUGGUGUCACUAUAUGUGGGUCUUCUUCAAUUUAACCUCUAGUUGUUCUUGCUUCAAGUAAUAAGCUUCCAAAGCUGUAGUUUUAUUUUUCUCCUAUUUAUUGUCCUGUUGCUCUGUUGACUCACUUCUGAAGAGGUUAUAUUUGGAGAUGGGGGUGAUCUUGGCUCUGAUUCUGCAGCUGUUGAAGCUCUGCGUCAUUGGCUUUGUUGUGGCAUUCCAAGGAUCUCAAGGGUCUAUUAUAUCCCCAUCUCCAGCAUUCCUUCCAGUCAGUCAUCCUAGUGGUGAAGCACCUGCUCCUAUCCAUCUUGGACUGCCAUGGGGAAGCAGUCCACCAAGAUCACCUUCAGAUCCUAAUGGGUUUUUUAUAUCCCCAUCUCCAAAAACCAUAUAUGUGAAUCCUUCCCCCAGUGAAGCACCUGGUUUUAUACACCCAAAAGAACCAUGGAGAACCAUUGCACCAAGCCUUCAAGAAGUACCGAAUGGGCCAUUUUUAUUACCACCUCCUAAAUCAGCUCCAACUCCCGAGAAGACAAGAGAAUCUGAACCAUCCAUAUCUCCUAGUCCUGGUGCAAGCACCAUUACAUCAACAUCACCACCGUAUAAUGGUGCUCUUGGACCAUCAACUGCAGAAAGGAAUGUUUCACCAUCCAUACAACUAAGUCCACCUCAAAGCAAAACACCUGCUUUUAGUCCUCCUGUUUUCACACCAAUUGCUCCAGCUCCCAUUGCAGUACCUUCAGGGAAUUUGACAAAAACCUCACCAGUCAGCCAACCAACUGAACAUGGAAGUUUGCCUCCUAAGACUGAUGAGAGGAAUACGAGUCACAAGCCUGAGCCAGCUUUUCCAGCCGUAGUUCCAAUACCUUCUACACAGUUGCCCAAAUAUUCACCAGUAAGCCAGCCAAGUGAAAAUGGAAGUUUGCCUCAUAGAGAUGAUGCAAAUAAUGGUCACAUCCCCGAGCCAAUUUCACCAGCCCCUUUAGUAUUCAGUUUUCCUGAACAUCCACCAGUGAGUCAGCCAACCGAACAUGGAAGUUGGCCUCCAUCUGUUCCCAGAGGUCACACAUUGGAGCCAGUUUCACACGCCCCAGUUGCACAACCCCCUACAAAUUUGCCAAAAAAUUCGUCUGUUAGUCAACCAACUCAUGGAAAUUCCCUCCCUGAUCUUCACAAUGGAACUGCAAAUAAUGGUCACACUCACACCCCAGCACAAAAAAUGUCACCAUCAGUUGCACCAUCAAGUCCAUUUCCAGUAGAUCCACCAUUAGUCCACCCAGUCAUACCAGCAGCUUCUCCAUCCAAAUCACCAGCACCUAUUGUCUCUCCUGCAUUGACUCCUUCCAGAAGCUUUAGUUGGAAAAAAGGUGGAGAACCAGUUUCUGCACCAGUGUACAAAACACCAAAGCCACUACCGGCUAUAGUACAUUCCCCUACUCAAGCACCGGUUGUCUCUCCAGCAUUAACACCUUCUAGAAGCUUCAAUUGGAAAAGAGGUGGAGAACCAGUUUCUGCUCCUCCAUACAAAACACCAAAGCCGCUACCCGCUAUAGUACAUUCCCCUACUCAAGCAAGGCAAUUUCACUAUGCUCCUGAACCAUCUCCUAACAAAGAUUACCCUCCUGCAUCUUCACCUUCAACCACAUUCUAUAAGCAUCACCACACAAGGAACACAAUCAGAAGCCCUGCUCCUGCAUCAUCAUAUUCAGUUUCUCCUUCCACUUUAAAACACCAAGAUGAACCAAUUCCUCCCUCACGGUUGCCAGCAAGUAGGCAAAGACAACAUGCUCCAUCACCAUUGAACACAGAAGGUUCAACAGUUUCCCCGUUUCAGUCACCAGUAAGCCAGAUUUCACCAGCUCCUUCUCCAUCCUUCAAAAUACUCCCUCAUUCAACCAAAAUUCCAAUUCAUCCUCCCGAGGUAUCUCCUUUUCGGCCUUCUUCCAAGAGCCCUAAGAAGCCGAUCCUACCUCGUAAUCAAGCACUACCACCGCCACCUCCCAAUGAAGAUUGUAUAACACUGGUUUGCUCAGAUCCUUAUACAAGUACUCCACCUGGUGCACCUUGCAAAUGUGUGUGGCCCAUGAAAGUCGGUCUUUGCCUUAGUGUUUCUUUGUAUACUUUCUUCCCUUUGGUUUCGGAGUUUGCUUCUGAAAUUGCCAUUGGGGUUUUCAUGAAGCAAAGUCAAGUUCGCAUUAUGGGAGCUGAUGCAGCAAACAUGCAACCUGAUAAAACUAUUGUAUUCAUUGAUUUGGUACCACUUGGGGAAAAUUUUGAUAACACUACAGCCUUUUUAGCUUCUGAGAGAUUUUGGCAUAAACAGGUUGCUAUAAAGACUUCUUACUUUGGUGAUUAUGACGUAUUAUAUGUGAGCUAUCCAGGUUUGCCUCCAUCUCCUCCUUUACCUCCUUCAAGCAUUACAAUUGUUGAUGGCGGUCCAUAUUCUGGCGGUGGCAAUAACAGUAGGACCAUAAAGCCCCUUGGGGUUGACAUAUCAAAGAGGCAGCAUAAAGGUGGAAUUAGCAAGGGCAUGAUUGCUGUUAUUUCUCUCUCAGUUUUUCUAGUAGUUGUUUUAUGCUUUGCUGCUGCUUGGGCCUUGUUCAAGUUCAGAGAUCAUUCAAGUAAACUGGCAUCAACCCCACAUGUUCUGUCUCCUCCACUUACCAAAGCUCCAGGUGCUGCUGGAUCAGCAGUUGGAGGCAGGCUUGCUUCAGCUUCAACAUCAUUCCGGUCUAGCAUUGCUGCUUAUGCAGGAUCUGCUAAGACUUUCAGCAUGAAUGACAUUGAGAAAGCCACAGAUAAUUUCCAUGACUCCAGAGUACUUGGAGAAGGUGGCUUUGGGCGUGUUUAUAGUGGUGUACUAGAAGAUGGGACAAAAGUGGCAGUCAAGGUUCUGAAAAGAGAGGAUCAUCAUGGUGACCGUGAAUUCCUAUCUGAAGUAGAGAUGCUUAGCCGGCUUCACCAUAGAAACUUGGUUAAAUUGAUUGGUAUUUGCGCAGAGGUCAGCUUCCGGUGCCUGGUUUAUGAACUCAUUCCAAAUGGCAGUGUGGAAUCCCAUUUACAUGGGAUGGACAAGAAAAAUAGCCCCCUUGAUUGGAGUGCUCGGAUAAAGAUAGCACUUGGCUCUGCUCGUGGACUGGCUUAUCUGCAUGAAGAUUCAAGUCCUCAUGUCAUACAUAGGGACUUCAAGUCUAGUAAUAUCUUGCUGGAAGAUGAUUUUACUCCAAAAGUAUCUGAUUUUGGAUUAGCCCGAACAGCAGCUGAUGAGGAGAACAGACACAUAUCAACACGUGUAAUGGGAACUUUUGGUUAUGUGGCUCCGGAGUAUGCAAUGACCGGCCACCUUCUUGUGAAGAGUGAUGUUUACAGCUACGGUGUUGUCCUCCUUGAGCUCUUGACAGGAAGAAAACCAGUAGACAUGUCACGACCGCCCGGUCAAGAGAAUCUCGUUGCAUGGGCUCGUCCAUUGCUCUCAAGCGAAGAAGGAGUGGAAGCAAUAACAGAUCCAUCUCUGGGACCUGAUGUGCCUUCUGAUAGUGUGGCUAAAGUUGCAGCCAUUGCUUCUAUGUGUGUACAACCAGAGGUUUCAGACCGUCCUUUUAUGGGUGAGGUUGUUCAGGCUUUAAAACUAGUGUGCAAUGAAUGUGACGAGGCAAGAGAAACAGGCUCAAGUUCUACCUCGGUUGAUUUCAGUCAUUCUAGACAAGUAUCAGAUAAUUUUCAAGGCCAAUCCUCAGCCACCAAUUAUGAUUCUGGAGUUGAUAUUGAAAAUAGGCUGUUGGCAUCAGAGUUAUUCAGCUCAUCAUCCGCAAGAUAUGGAAAGCGAGUGUCAGGAUCAUUUAGAAGGCAUUCUUAUUCAGGUCCUCUUAGUACUGGAAGAAGCAAACGGUUAUGGCAGAUAAUUAGAAAGCUUUCUGGUGGUAGUGUCAGUGAACAUGGAACUAUGUUCAAGUUAUGACCAGGGUUCAAUUGAGCCAAAUUGCAAUUUUUGAACUUGCUAUGUGCAUACUACUUCUCUUAUCUCCUUCACUUUGUUAAUGUGCAGUUCUGAACUCUGCUAGAGGCAUUGCUCUUCUCUGCCUAAGCCCUUUGAAGUUUGACAAGAGAAUACAAUCAACUUGUAAAGUGGUGUUGACAUGUUUCUCUGCUAACCUGCAAAACCAUGUGUACGUAACUAUACUAACUCUUUGAAGAGAGCAAGCAAUGCAAAUCUAGCUUGAAAAUAGAAGAUGACUGAAGAUGGCCUUUACUAAGACCCAAUGGCAAUGCAAUGCAACAUACAAAGUGUAGUCUUUGCAGUUGCAGCAUCAGGAAUAUAAUGUUGAAUGUAUUUAGAGGAGGAGAUCAAUGAAAUAUAGUUCAUGUAUUCCGAAGAUAUGAUUCUAGAAAUUCGGUUCCAGAAAUUUGAUUCUGAAAAUAUAAUUCUGAAUAGCUUAUUCUGGAAAUUUUCCGAAAAAUAUAUUCCGGAAGUCAUUUUUUUGAGAUGGUAAAAUGAUCAUUGAUGAGGUGUGCGUGAAGAAAUUGAUGGGUGCAGGAA